UUGCCGCCGUCAGUCACUUCCAGUCCAACUUCCAUGCGGCGUGUUUCGUGUUUCGGUUGUUACUUUCGUCUAGGUGUAAACAUUUCUAAUUAGUGUUGUGUUUUCGGUGCAGUAGUUCCUUCCACUCUUCGUUAUCAGUCGCGUAGUGCUAAUCGACUGUAUCUCAAGUGCGCUUGUUACCGUAAAACGUCUCCGUUCUUUUUUUGGCCAAUCACUUGUAUCAAUAAAUAAUUAGGGGCUAUCGCUCCGUGUUUAUUUCGAGACAUAAAUUAAUUCGAGAAAGCAGUGAGGCGCAGGAGAGCUCUCCGGCGCUCGGCAAACGACAAAACUAAUUUACGGCAUUAAAAAUGCAUAUUUUCUAGCAGUGCGUUGCCAGUUUUUAUCAUUUGCCGGGAAGGCAAAACGGAAGCCAGGAAGGCACGUCGUUCGAGGCGAUUGCAUUUGACUGCGGAGGAUUUUGAUUCGGAGUCCGAGUCCGAGUGAGAAAGUUCUUUAGUCAGCAGCCGAAGGAGCGGAGGAUAAUUCACAUUUUUCUCACGGCACUGGCAACGAAAUGGCUUUCCUAUGUGCACCGGGUCUCACCUUCUUCCUCACCUACUCGAUAUUCUCGGCGGUGCUGGGCAUGCUGCAGUUCGGCUACAACACCGGCGUCAUCAACGCGCCCGAGAAGAACAUCGAGAACUUCAUGAAGGACGUGUACAAGGACCGCUACGGCGAGGACAUCAGCGAGGAGUUCAUCCAGCAGCUCUACUCGGUGGCGGUGUCCAUUUUCGCCAUCGGCGGCAUGCUGGGCGGUUUCAGCGGCGGCUGGAUGGCCAACCGCUUUGGCAGAAAAGGCGGCCUACUGUUGAACAAUGUGCUCGGCAUCGCCGGCGCCUGUUUGAUGGGAUUUACCAAAGUUAGUCAUUCCUAUGAAAUGUUAUUCCUUGGCCGAUUUAUAAUUGGUGUUAAUUGCGGCCUCAACACGUCGCUGGUGCCCAUGUACAUCUCGGAGAUAGCGCCACUGAAUCUGCGCGGUGGCUUAGGAACUGUUAAUCAAUUGGCUGUGACCGUAGGUUUACUAUUAUCCCAGGUGCUGGGCAUCGAGCAGAUCCUCGGCACCAACGAGGGCUGGCCCAUCCUCCUUGGCCUGGCCAUCUGCCCGGCGAUCCUGCAACUCAUCCUGCUGCCCGUCUGCCCGGAGUCGCCCCGCUAUCUGCUCAUCACCAAGCAGUGGGAGGAGGAGGCGCGCAAAGCGCUGCGCCGCCUGCGAGCCUCUGGCUCCGUGGAGGAGGACAUCGAGGAAAUGCGGGCCGAGGAGCGGGCCCAGCAGUCCGAGAGCCACAUAUCGACCAUGGAGCUGAUAUGCUCGCCCACCCUGCGCCCGCCCCUGAUCAUCGGCAUCGUGAUGCAGCUGAGCCAGCAGUUCAGCGGCAUCAACGCCGUCUUCUACUACUCCACGUCGCUCUUCAUGAGCUCGGGAUUGACUGAGGAGAGCGCCAAGUUCGCCACGAUAGGCAUCGGCGCCAUAAUGGUUGUUAUGACGCUCGUGUCCAUUCCGCUGAUGGACCGCACGGGUCGCCGCACCCUGCACCUCUAUGGCCUGGGCGGAAUGUUCAUCUUCUCCAUCUUCAUCACCAUUUCGUUCCUGAUCAAGGAAAUGAUCGACUGGAUGUCCUACCUCUCUGUGGUGGCCACCCUCGGCUUCGUGGUCUUCUUUGCGGUGGGACCCGGAUCGAUACCCUGGAUGAUUACCGCGGAGCUCUUCUCCCAAGGACCCCGGCCCAGUGCCAUGGCUAUCGCGGUGCUGGUCAACUGGAUGGCCAACUUUGUGGUCGGCAUUGGUUUCCCCAGCAUGAAGACUGCCCUGGAGAACUACACGUUCUUGCCGUUCAGCGUGUUCCUGGCCAUCUUCUGGAUAUUCACCUACAAGAAGGUGCCCGAGACGAAGAACAAGACGUUCGAGGAGAUCCUGGCCCUCUUCCGGCACAACAAUGGCAGGAGUAUGCUAAACUGCACAAAUAGCUUGGAGCCACAAAGUAUGAAUUCUGGCAUCGAGCAUGCCGCCUUGAUGGUAUCUGAGGAGAAGACCCAACAUGACUCACUGUUUGGUACGACCUCGUUUUCCCUGACGGUUGAAGGCAUGGGUCCCUAUCCGCUGAGCGAUAGCACCAAUCUGCUGGGUCCCGGAUCGAGCAGCUAUGGUCCCGGCGGAGUCCUCGGAUCGGGUUCCGGAUCGGGUGGCCACUGCUACACGAACUACGGCACCAAUCUGCAAACGCCGCAGGUGGCGAGAACGUGCCACUACGACGAGGUCGACGACUACAGUUUCCGCCGGCACUCGGCGCACGGAAGGAUUACGCAAGUGAAGGGAAAGCCACUGAUCUUGGGACCAACUAUUUUAGAACAAAAAAAGGAGCGAACCGAUUGGCUAACUGCAUCCGAGCGAUUUUUAGAAGGCGGCCGAAGUACACACCAGGGCCGGAGCGCUGCCUCUGCGCCCCAUCACCCUCGUCAGCCUCCACCUGUCUGCCCGAGCAGCGGGCCUUGACUGAGGAGCGCCUCGCCUCCUGACUCUGCCAGUGUUCGUUCCACGAGUCGCGCUGAGGAGCUGCAUCAGCCGCAUCAGUCGCAUCAGCAGCAGCAACCGGGGCAGCAGGGGCACCACCAACAGCAGCAGGUGCACCACCAACAGCAUCAGUCCCGCUAUGCCACACACGAAUACGUACACUGUAGCUAUGAGAAGGAAGUCGUUUGUGAUCAGGCCAAUCCCUCGCAAGCACCGCCACCGCAGCCAGCACCACCAGUACACCAGCAGCAGCAGCAACAGCAGCAGCACCAGCCACCACCGCCAUUGCACCACUGCCAGCAGCGCAAGCACAGCCACAGUCCGCACCACAGUCGCCACACCUCGCCGCACUCGCACCACCACCACUCGCACCACACUCGCCACAGUCGCCGGAGUCGUCGCCAGGGCAGCGGCAGUCUGCCGGGAGCCCACCAGAGCUCCGCCAACCACUCGGUGGUGCGUCCAUCGAUCUGCACCAGUCGCCGGCACCGCUCCGUCACGGACAUAUCCACGACGAACGUGUGCCAGGACCCCGCCUGCGCGGACCGGGAGGUGCAGGAGAUUAUGGUUAGACGCACCUGCUGCAACACCACUGCCACCAACAGCUCCUCCCGCACCGAACUGGCCCAGUGCUUCGCCGAGGACCUCUACGGCUCAUCCCGACGCCCGAGCAGCUGCUGCACCAGCUCCGACUACUGCUACCAGACGGACUCGACGAGUCUGUACGGCUCCAGGUCGUCGUUGAGUCGCAACAACUCCAUCAAGUCUGCCUCGGCCCUGGUGCGUAAGCACCACCGCAGUCAGCGCAGCCUGCUGCCCGAGCACCGACACCCCAGCUACACUUCCAUAUCGCUGCGGGGCCUGAACGCCAGCCGCCCCAAUAGCCAACUGGGCUCGCUGACCUCGAUCUUCGACCGGGCCAAGAGCAUGGCGCCCGAGGGAUCCACACUGGAGCGUCAGAGCUCGAAGGGCGCACUGGGCAGCAGCGAGCUGCCGGAGUACGCCUGCUCCCCUUCGCCAAUUCGCUGGAGCUUCCUGGCCGAUGGGCGAUCGCCCUCCGAAAUGGAGGGCGCAGUCGGCGGAGGUACUGAGAGGGAACAGGAGGAGGAGGACAAGCUGGACGCGUGGCAAGUGCCCGAGCCGGAACCGGAAAAGAAGCCGUGCCGCAAGAUCACCACCAGCUCCUCCGUGUACGACGAGGGGCCCAGCACUUCGGCAGCGGCGGCUCGGAAGCGGCGGGGCAGCAAGGGAAGUCGGGGCAGCAAGGGCAGUGGCAGCUACCAUUGUGAGUUCGAGGAUGAGGCCACCACCACGGUGAUGUUCCACCAGGAUGCCGGCGAGGCGUACAACAACUGCUGCAGCAACAACUACAACUACAUACAGUGCAACAGCUACCUGGAUCAGGACCUGCAGAUCACCAGCGAGGACAUCCAUCAGUAUCUGUCCAAGGGGGAUGCCACAGCCAGUGACAUUCUGAACAACUCCAAGAACUAUCCCUUUCAGCCCUCGAACGCCCUGGAGUUUCAGUACAAGAACAACUUCCAGCAGGGUCAAGUCAACGCCAAUAACAAUAACACCAAUACCACAAACACUGCGUCCAGCGAUGCUGCCGAGUGUUUCCAAAACUACAGGGCCAACUCGAAGGAGACGAACCUGAACCAGAGCUCCACGGAACAGCUCUCGCCCACGAAUAUCAACUUGUCCACGAGCUCGAACAACAUCAACAUCGUGUUCAGCAGCAGCCUGGAGCGGAAUGCCAACGAGGUCAAGUUCAUCAACAACAGAAGUGGUGCAGGUGCAGCCGGUGGUUCCGAGGUGGGUUGUGAGGUGGGUCACCAUGCGGGCUACCUGCCCUACACCUAUCCCAGCUACGAUUACACGAACAUGUCGGGGAACUCGCACUUCGAGAAGUCCCUGGGCAUAGACGAGCUGCCAAAGGAGUUUGGCGGCUUGGAGGGCGCUGCAGGCGGUGGCGCCUCCACCACCAGCGAGCACUCCUCGUCGCUGCCAUCGCCGCAACCACUGACGCACCACCAGCAGCUGCACCACUUCGAGUCCUUUGACGCCGCCUCCGAGCACAACUUGCUGGCUGCCCAGCCCAUGUCGCCGGGUUCCCCGCUGUCGGGGUCCGUGAAUCCCGCUGGCGAUGACUUUGUCCAGAUGCACCACUACCAUCACGCCAACUCACCGCACUCACAAUCGCACCACAGCCACGCCCACACGCACACCCACGGCCACCACGUGCACCACCUGCUAAGCCACCCCGCCUACGAUCUAACCGACGACCAGUUCCGGUUGGGAUCGGCCUUGAAGCGAGUGCGCAAGCGAGCACGCAAGUACACCGAUUUCCUGCGCAAGAAGUGAGCGGUCACGGAUUGACUGCAUCCUGAAUCCUGCAUCCUCCCCUAGAUUCACCCUACUUUGGCCGCAAAUACCUGGUGGUCUCGAAGCGACGAUCGCAGAGCCUGGACGAAGACUAAUCGUGUGGCGACUGGACAAGCAAUAGCCGAGGAAGCAGCGGUGUUGUUCGGCCGAUCGAGUACCAUACUUACAUUUAAUUACAAUUUUUACACUGCCAAAAAGUUAAGAGAAUUAUAGUUAAUUUUUGCUAAGCCAAAACUCUGUUUAAAGCGAGACAGAUCAGUCAGAUCAGACACAGGAUGCACUACGGAAAGGGUGGAUUUACAAGGGUGCUUCUCUUCAAGUUAUAUGGGUAUCCGUACAAUUUGAAGGGAAUCAUUUAAUGGAGUUCUCCAAGGAAUCUUGGAGGAUUCUUGUAAAUACUUGUACCUCCCAGAAAUUCACUCGCCCCAAUGCACCAGCCACACACACGAAUCACAUCAGCUGCAAACACAAGAGAAAGUGGAAGAUGAACAACGACUAUUUUAAAUAAUGAAAAGAAAGAAAUACUUAAGCUAACAGUGCGUAUACAUAAUAAAUACAAGCGGUAUCAGAGGAGGGCAUUUGUAUAUUCAACUUAAACAUUAAGCGAAGGUUUUGAAUUUGCAUAUUUAAAUUGACUAAACCCAUAUACAUAGUUAAGAGCCAAGGCAAAUGGAAAUAAUAAUGCACACCUACUCAAGCCUAGACGAUAGACAACCAAUCUAACAUACCAGUUAAAGCUAGCUAUAAGGAUGCGAUCACAUGAUUGAGAUGGAUCAAAUGGAUCAGAUAGAUCAGAUAGAUGAGAUCGAAGCAGCGCCACAAGAUUUAGAGUUUCAGCAACCGCAACUGCAAACGCAACUGCAACUAAAUAAAGAAAUUAACCAUUAAUUAACAAACAAAGCAGCAAGACAAGAGCAGCAACUGUAGUUUGGCACACUAAGGACAACAAGUUUAAUGUUACAAACACGAGUGUUAAGAUUACACAGAAAAAAGUGAGAGUUUUGUUAGCAUUUAUUUGAUAUGCGCGUUUUUUCAGGGACUGCUUGCGAUUUUUGUAAUAAAGCAAUAAGCCGUUUUGCUCAAGGAUUAAAUACGAUUAAAUACGUUUGCGUUUCACCCCAGA